UCACACUCCUCCCUGACUGACCACUCAUGUCGAUACAAUGAGCGAUUUCGAUAAUUAGGAUGCGACGAACAACCACGGCGCCAUGAUGGAGAUUCACCACGGCACAGCACGAGACCUUGACGCCCAAUGCGACCACGAAUACGUCCACACCCUGUUCAGAGGCCCCAGAGCACCGCCGUCUCAGACUUCCCUUCAUACAUCUAAUCCCAGCGACGACCCUCCAAGUUACGUGGGUGACUUGAAGGAACACCGCGAUUUCCUAAUUGACUUUGAUGCUCCUGGCCCUGCUUCUGCUCCGCCGCAUUCGCCCACGACCACGGGCAGCACCUCCCUGUCAGCAUCAUGGGAUGAGUAUGCGGCCUUUUCACUCUUUCAACUACCACGAGAACUUCGAGAUUUUAUCUACGGGCACGCUCUAACCCCAUCGAACCAUCGUGUUCUGGUUGAGAUCGACCGCGACCUGUCACCCCAACCCGGCUACAACCGAAGUCCCCACAAGAGGUGGGAUCCAAAGAUUUGCUACGAACGUCGACCUCGAGAGUAUCUCAGUCCGGCAUUGCUACGCACAUGCAAGAACGUCUACAGAGAGGCGCUUCCGAUACUAUACUCUAGCGCCAUCUUUUACCCAGUUAACAACCAAGCGCUGUUACCCCUAUUCCUCGAGCGACAAGGAGCACUCGCUCGGCGUUCCAUACGAUAUAUGCGUAUCGCCACAACUUUCUCGCUGCCCUUGUCUCAAAAUCGCUUCCACUGGGCCGUCACCUGUGCGCAGGUUGGCAGUCUAGCUUCUACACUGAAAAAAGUCGAAGUCUUGUAUACAAGCAAGCCCUCAGAACGACCGUGUCUGCUUGGCUCCGGAUCAGAUACCGAGGCGCUGAUGAAGCCUAUUAUCAAGCCAUUGUGUAAGAUACAGUGUCCGAAGGUCAUCGUAUUCUCACCAGUCGACAUUUCGGAGGCCCAAUCUGCUAUCGAGGAACGAUUUGAAGGCUUGAUGAGGACUGGUCACGAACUGGUAGCUCGAGAUAAGAAGGGAGCAAUAGAGCGUGGCGAUGCUAAUGAGAUGGAGAAGCUCUGCAAGGAGUGGGACAUAGCCAGUGAUGUCAGUUCUUUGGAUGGAUCAGACUGGGAGGACGUCAAGAAGGACUUUGACAAGACUCACAACACAGAGUCCGACUAGUGUCGUGCCUUUUUUGAACCAAUCAGUUAUCGCUUUCCGAAGUCUCCGAAGAAAAGAAGACAGAUGUCGAUUUAUUUUAUUUCCAUAUUAUGCGACAAAGUUUCCGUUCCCGAAGUUUCCAUCGUGAAUCUGGACGUCAAUCCUGAAUCCCUCCGCGGUCGGUUUGCUGGACCUAAUUGGCAGCUGAGCUCGCCGGAGCUUCUUGAUAUGUAACUAGACUGGCGCUAAAUCAUGAUACCGGAUGCGGAAAUUUUUUUCUGACUUCGGCC